GGGCUUUUAUUUCGGUCAGUCAAACCGGAUGUUGGGUGUAGCACAGUGCUAACAGCUAACAGCUAGCCAACAGAGAUAAAGUCGCUGGUCUGCGCUCUGUCGGACCCAGACCCGGACCCGGACCCGGACUCGGUGCCCUGGUUCUCUCAUGCUGGUCUAAGGACUCCUCUCGAAGCUGCUCGCGCACGCGCUCUGUCUCCAUGGCGACGGAGGAGUUCUAUGAGGUGGAGAGGAUCGUGGAUAAGAGGCGGAGUAAGAGGGGGCGGGCGGAGUACCUGGUGAGGUGGCGAGGGUACGGGUCAGAGGGGGACACCUGGGAGCCUGAGGGUCACCUGUCCACCUGUAUGAUCUACAUCCACGACUUCAACCGCCAGCAGGCGGAGCGGCAGAGAGACGCCACCUUACUGCGCUCCACCCGUAGCUCGCCCAGCCUGCUCUGCAUCCCCGCCCACAGGCCGCCCUACAGGCCACCGCCGCCAGCCUCUCGCAGUGACAUCAGCAGUGACAUCAGCAGGGGUUUAAGAGGAGGCUGUGACCUGAAACCUGCUCUGAGUCCAGCUCUUCAGCCCUCUGUCGGACUCAUUAGCCCCGCCCCCAGCAGCUCCCAGCAGCCCCUGCAGGCCGGCAGUAUGAGCGGCGGUCUGAUGUCAGCGUCUCCAGUCGGCUCCGCCCGCCGGGGCUUGGACCUGUCAAAGACCGGCAUCAAGAUUCUGGUCCCCAAGAGCCCGAUGAACAGCCGCCCGGACUCAGAGGAGUCCCCGAGCGAGGCGGCUCACGGCCUGGAGGCGGGCGCUCAGGAGGCUCACCUGGUCCCACCUGAGGUCGCGCUGCUGGAGAAACCUGCAGGGGUCCAGCUGGGCCCCGGAGAGGAGAGGGCCCGCAUGGGGACCAGGCCUCGCAGCCUGAACCCCCCACCCCCUCCACAGGUCCCCAUCACACCUGCAGCCAUGCGUUCCCUUGGAGACAUAGGUAGCUCUCGGCUGAUGGAGGCUGUUGCCGCCAACGGGUUAACGGGCGUGCAGAGCGCCGUUACCGGAGCGACCAGCGUGACCGGGAAGCGACGGAUGGAGGAGCGGUCGGCGUUCGACAAACGUCUGAGGUUCAGCGUGCGCCAGACGGAGAGCGCGUACCGAUACCGGGACAUCGUGGUCAAGAAACAAGAUGGCUUCACCCACAUCCUGCUGUCCACCAAGAGCUCCGAGAACAACACGCUCAACCCUGAGGUGAUGAAGGAGAUCCAGAGUGCCAUGGCGACAGCAGCGUCAGAUGACAGUAAGCUGGUGGUACUCGGCGCCGUGGGCAGCGUCUUCUGCUGUGGCCUUGACUUCCUGUAUUUCAUCAGACGCCUUACUGACGACAGGAAGAAGGAAAGCAUCAAGAUGGCUGAAACCAUCAGGACCUUUGUCAACACCUUCAUCCAGUUCAGGAAGCCCAUAGUGGCGGCCGUGAACGGGCCGGCGCUCGGCCUCGGCGCAGCUCUCCUCCCGCUGUGUGACGUGGUGUGGGCCAAUGAGAAGGCCUGGUUCCAGACGCCAUACACAUCCUACGGCCAGACGCCGGACGCAUGCUCCUCCUUCACCUUCCCUCGCAUCAUGGGCCCGGCCUCGGCUAACGAGCUGCUGCUGAGUGGCAGGAAGUUGACGGCUCAGGAGGCGUGUUCUAAAGGUCUGGUGUCUCAGGUUCUCUGGCCGGGAACCUUCACACAGGAAGUGAUGCUGAGAAUCAAAGAGCUGGUGACUGUCGAUCUGCUGGUUCUGCGUGAGUCCAAAGCCCUGAUGAGGAACACCAGCCGCAGUGCUCUGGAGCAAGCCAACGAACGAGAGUGUGAAGCUCUGAAGAGAGUUUGGGGCUCGUCGCAGGGAACAGACUCCAUCCUGCAGUACCUGCAGAGGAGGACCGAGCUCUGCUAGAACCUGGUUCUGAACCAGGACCAGGACUGGUCCCCUGUCCCAGCAGAUUGUGAGCUGGAUGUGUCUCCUGCAGCUGUUUGAAUCAUGGAGUCAGCUGAGCAAAAACUGUGCCCUUGUUCUCCUUCUCACCUGGUCCCCCAGGGAUUCCCCAGGGUUCCACGGUGCUGCCCUCUGCUGUUCAGAUCUCUUCUCCCUCGUAUUAUUUUAUAACUUUAUGUUUUUAUUCCUGUUGAUCCUGCAGAACAAACUGAGCUCAGCCUUAAAGUCUUCAUGUUAUGCUAAGCUAAGCUAAGCUAAGCUAAACUCAGCGAAGUUAACAGUCCUGGAUCUUGUACCCUGUGCAUCACAAAGAGAUAAAGUACGAACAUGUGGUUUAUAAAAUGUUGGACUGUUUCUUUAACAGAGGUGAUGUCUGACCUCCCAGAAUCCUCUCUGAUUAAUUUAAACAUGGAGGGCAACAGGAAGUGGAGGCUGAGCUCAAACAGGAAGUGGGGGCUGAGCUCAAACAGGAAGUGGGGGCUGAGCUCAAACAGGAAGUGGAGGCUGAGCUCAAACAGGAAGUGAACUCACAGUGACACCUCCAUCGUCAGGGGGUAAUGAUCUCUGCGUCCUGAGGGGGGCGCUGAUGGGAUGGGAUAACCUGAGAGCAAGCAGCACUUUGACAGAAAGGAAUUAUGGGUAAUUACUGACUGAUGACGGACUGAGGUCAUGUGACCAGGUACCAAAAGAGCUGACAAGGAUCAUGGUCUGACCAGGUACCAGGAGAGCUGAACAGGAUCAGGGUCUGACCAGUAUCAAGGACUGACCAGGAUCAGGGUCUGACAAGGAUCAGGAUCAGGGUCUGACAUGGAUCAGGAUCUGACCAGGAUCAGCGGUCUGAUUAGGAUCAGGGUCUGACCAGGAUCAGAGUCUGACCAGUAUCAAGGACUGACCCGGAUCAGGGUCUGACGAGGAUCAGGAUCAGGGUCUGACAUGGAUCAGGACUAGGAUCAGGAUCUGACCAGGAUCAGGGUCUGACCAGGAUCAUGUGUUUCAGUAUCUAGCGUAAAAUAAACUGAUAGAAAAAACAAA